UCCAGCAUCUCUGUUUGACAAUACUGGAGGAAAACAGUAAAAGUAAAGCGAGGUAAAGGAUGUGGUGAUUGUGAGAUACAUGCUAACUGUAUGUAUGACAGUGCGUGUGUAACCAACGUUUUCAAUUUGACGAUGGUAUCGUGUCGAGAAUCAUCGAUCUUGGAAAUGCGUUAAACGCGUAUUUGACACGCGCUCGCGCAUUUUGCCGAAAGAAACGAAAGGGAAGAUUUUUAUACAACGAUGUCGAUGCAAGACGACUGCGAAAUGUUGACGCGGGCAAAUCAGGACAGUCUCUGCCGCGUCUGUCUGACUAUGAAUCAGUACAACCAGUGCAUCUUUCGCAAAAAUUGGAACGAUCUGAACAGCACGGAUGCAUCCGAACUCCUCUCGAAGAAACUACAGUUGUGCGGUGGAGUGGAGGUUCAGGAAGACGAUGGCUUGCCUUCUAGCAUCUGUACCAAGUGUGAAAAAAAAAUUAAUGUCGCCUAUGAAUUAAGAGAACAAUGCCAGAAAGCAGACAAGGAGCUUAGAAAGCUCUAUGGAAUAUCAGUGAGCACAAGUGUUACUAACAACUUUGUUUCUACAAAAGAUCAAUAUUCUCAAACCGAGCAAUCUUUCAUUCUGGAUACAAUCAAGUUAGAGAACAAAAAUAAGGAAUUGAAUAUAAAUAAUAGAAUUAAUACAGAGGAGAAUAUCUUUAUGACAGAAUCAAAAAAUGAUAUGAAACAUGAACAACCAGAUACUUUUAAUCAAACAGAGAAUAUUCUAGUAGAUAAUGUAUCAGAUUUAGAUUCCAUUAAUAAAUGUAAACAAUAUGAUAAAAUAGUUAUAAAGGAAGUUCAUAGACCGAGAAGAUUAACUAUGUUCAAAAGAGUUACAUCUAUAGAGAAUUUGAAGAAUCAUAAAGAAAGACAGAGGAGAUAUAUUAAGAAGAGCACAAAUGUUAAACGAGAUAUCAACAAUAGUGAGUAUCAAUCAAAAAUGAAAAAUAUUGAUAGUAGAAUAGAUACAAUGUCAGAACUUGAAUUGCGAUAUAAAUGUCCAAAAUGUGAUAGAUUUUAUUCCAAUAAAAGGUCUUUAAAUAGACAUACGUCAACUCAUGAUGAUAAAGAGUUCAAAUGUGAUAACUGUGAUAAACAAUUUCUUUGUUUGGAUAAAUUGCAUAAACAUUUUAAUCUACAUAAGAUGAAAGAGAAGCCAGAACCAGUAUUUUGCAGAAUCUGUAAUAAAAGUUUCAGAAAAACCGAUACUAUGGUUAGACAUUUGAAUGCUCAUAAAAGAGCAAAUCCUAGAGAAGUUUUCUCUAUAUUAAAAGAGAUACGAGACAAAAGAAAAUUAGAAAAUAAUCUAGAGUUCUCUGAAAUACCACUUCAUGUCAUGGUGAAUAAGGAUGAAGCGUAUGAUGAAAAGUCACAAAAUGAAAAGGAUCGCACAACGAGAGAACUAAGAAAACGUAAUGUAAAAAUUGAGCAGAGAGACUCAUUAAAUAGCGAUUCAAGUAAUGACAAAUUUAAAUCUGUUGAUGAUACAUUACUCUUUGACUGCGAAUAUUGCAGCAAGAGUUUUACUAAUGAAAAAGGACUUCAACGUCAUCAAUCAGUACAUAAAAAAUUUGUUUGUAGUGUUUGCAACAUGAAAUUUUUCCGACAGGACAGGCUUAAGAGUCACAUGGAUCGAUAUAAUCAUGACGAGACCAAAACAUCUUCGGAGCCGCAGAAACCACCUGACGAUAAAUCUGCCAUUAAGCUGAUAAACAGUUGGAUCAGGGAAGAAUUAGAUUCUGAUAACGAGGGUAAGGGCUUUCCCUGUAAGAUCUGUGGAAAAUCGUAUGAUACAAAGAAGUCUUUACUAAAGCAUCAAAUGAAGACACAUGGCGCACAAGACGAGUAUUGCGCAAAUUGUGGUGCAAGCAGCGUGUGUAUUUGCGCGGAUAAAUACAAAGAUCGAGAAAAAAGUAACGAAAAGUCGAAGUUGUAUACAUGCGAGGAGUGUAACAAAUCCUUCGAGAAGGAGAUUAAGUUACAGAGACACCUGCGAAUUCACGAGCGCGCCAAGGAGCAGCAGGAUGCGAAUUUUAAACGUUUCCUCUGUCACAUAUGCAGCAAAACAUUCCGACAAAACACCGGUCUCAUGUUUCACAUGAGAACGCACACGGGUUACAAGCCUCACGUGUGUAAGUACUGCGGCCGUGGUUUCACUUCCAACUCGAAUUGCAUCAAUCAUGAGAGGACUCACACGGGCGAUCGGCCAUUCGUCUGUCAGUAUUGCAGUGCGGCGUUUGCCAAGUCAUGCACCCUCAAGGCCCAUAUUACCACGCACACCGGCGAGGCGAAUUAUCAUUGUAAGACCUGCGGUAAAUCAUUCCGCCGAUUGAAGUAUCUAAAGGAGCAUAGAUUCACGCACACGGGCGAGAAACCGUACGCGUGCAAGAUCUGUGGCACGGCUUACAGUCAUUCCGGCAGCUUGUUUGUGCACGAGAAGAAAUGCAAGGCACAGUAUAACAAUUAUCAGUCGGGAACUGUGCAAAACGCGCAGCAACAGACCACUUAUUGCAGUCAGUCGCCUCAGACGAACAUUUCUAGUGGCAUUUCUUCUGUAACGUCUUCUUCCUCGGUUAUCACGCCUAUUAUCACAACAUUGCCUCAAGCUCAUCUCAACGUCAUCAACAGCACUCUGAAUGUACAGACCAACAAGGAUUAUAUGGAUGAUAUUCAACGAAUAAACGCGCAUGCAACGGGUACAGCGACUACGGUUGUUUCAUCGGGUCUUCAACUGAAUACUGACAUUUCUGAAAUGAAUUCCACUGUUAGGAACUUUGCCAUUAUCGGACAAAUGUUUCAUACAUAAUGGAAAGCAAAAAACGCAAAUUAAAACUCUACUGUGAUAAAUAUCUUUUUUUUUAGAUAUGAAAUUUGGAAGGUAUUAUAACUCAUACAACUCUUUAAAA